GAAAAGCCCUGCACACACAGCUAGAGCUCAGAUCUCUCACACUGCUCAUCCCAUCACACUUGGGUUCUAUCUGAAGAUCACACGGAUUAUUUCUCUCCUGCAAAAGUAGACGAAGGCCACCAUCUUCUCGCUGCUUCUUCUUCGGAACCUCUAUUUUAAAAAGGAACGUUCCAAGAAGGGAACUUUUUGCUCCAACUUUUUUUUUUUUUAAAAGGAUUUUACUAGUCAAGAUGACUAUGAGAUCUAUGGAUUAUUCUGGGAAUAUGGUGAUGGACGGAGAUCUCAGGAUGCCUGGGAAAGACAAGCUGUUGCAGGCCACUGAAGAUAGAAAUGACAGCGGACUAGACUCUUUGAGAGAAGAAGACUAUAAUAAUAUAGUGAAAGAGAUGCAAAAUCUAUCAAUCCCUCCACAACAAAACAUCCAGGACUAUGAACCGGAGGCAUGGAAAACGCAGGCAAACGAGGAUGGAGAUACACUCCUUCAUUUGGCAAUUAUUCAUGAGGAAAAACAAGUGGCAGCAGAGGCCAUCAAGAGAUCCUACAGAGAUGCUUUUUACCUGAACCAGCAGAAUAACUUUUAUCAGACACCACUUCAUCUGGCUAUAAUAACCGAUCAGUCUGAAAUUGCUGCAAAGCUCCUUGAAGCUGGCUGUGAUCCUGAAGUUAGAGACUAUCGGGGAAAUACAGCUCUACACAUUGCCUGUGAAAACGGCUCUCUACGUGGGGUUGGAACUAUUGUCCAGAACUGCAACUCCCACCUGCCAUCCCUCCUACAGUACACAAACUAUAAUGGUCACACAUGCCUACACUUGGCAUCAAAUAAUGGCUUCCUUGCUAUUGUGGAGAACUUGAUUAAGCUGGGGGCAGAUAUUAAUGCACAGGAACCAUGUAAUGGCCGCACAGCUCUGCACAUGGCUGUGGACAAACAGAAUGCCGAACUCAUGUUUUUGCUGCUGAAGUAUGGAGCAGAUGUGAAUAGAGUCACCUACCAAGGCUACUCACCAUGCCAGCUCACCUGGGGGAGAAGUAACCUCCAAAUUCAACAGUACCUGCUAACUGUGACAGAAAAGAGCCUGCAGUACCUGCCAGAAAGUGAAGAUGAAGACAGUUCAGAGUCAGAACAUUCAGAUGAUGAGUAUAUGUAUGAUGAUGUUUGCAUAUCUGUGGGCCCAAGGAUGAUUUAGGCCAGCAUUAAUGGACAAAACAUAAUGUAGAUGGACAGAAUCCUGCCCAAUCAGUGCAAGAUCUGACAGCACUUGGACCAGUGAUUACGCUUACCGAAGCUCAAACUGUGGACGUGCCUCCACCAGAGAGGUUGUGAGCCUGAGGUGCUUGUGCUGAUCCGAAGCAUUGGAUGUUCUGUGCGAGUCAUGAAGUCUAGAAGAGCCCAGAACCAACGCACAGUCUCAAAAGAAGCUGACAGGAAAAGAAGUUGAUGAAUAGGAGAAAUACAAAAGGCCUUUCACCAGAAUGACUAAAUCCUGGAAAUGGCAAACAUCGUUGGUGAAGAACAGAAUAUCUAUUAACAUUAUAACAUGUCGGCGUCUCCAGCUAAUAAAGCUCCUGGCGAGGCCAUAUUGCUAAGAAGACAUACAGAUGAAUGUUAGACCUCUUACGUGUCAAAGUGGUCAGGAAAAUAAACUACAACAUGUAUAAACUGUAAAUGAUGUACAUGAUUUAUUUUUUUACAUAAAAGUGAUUUAUUUAUUAAAAAGAAUUUAAUACAAAAA